GUGUUAGUGUGUAGUGAAAUAAAGCUACACAGAUGUUAUGAAGGAAACAACUGCUUUAGAGCUGGGUUAACUUCGGAAAUCCCUUGAUUAAAACAAGCUAUAUUAAAGGCCCCAAACCACUAACCUCGUGGUUUUACACUGAGUGUCUUUAAUGUGAAAUGGGCCUGAGCCACUCUAAGGCUCACCCAAGGGUGACCAAGGUAGCACCUUUGCAAAACAAAGAGGAAGAGACUCCCUCAGCCGGCCCUGUGGACUUUGUAUUCACUGAGAAUCCAGAAGAAAAGAGUUCAUAUUCAUUUGCAAGACUGCAGGAACGGAAUAAAACUUUGGAAGGGCAGUUGCCACCUCUAAGAGAGACCUGGUAUGGAAGAUAUUCUGCAGGACCGAGGGCCAUGUAUUUUGACAUCCCACUGGAACAGGGAGAAACAAGUAUUAUUAAAAGGCAUCCACCCCGAAGACUUCAAAAGCUUGAACCCAUUGACCUGCCACAAGUAAUUACUUCUGAAAGGCUCCUGAGCCAGCAAGAAGCUGGGAGGACUCACAAAGCCAAGGAGGAACUGGAAAAGAAGAUGCAAACUCUAAUGUAUCCUUCUGGGAAAAGACAAUAUUUACAUAAGAUGCAAAUGCUGGAAAUGAACCGUAAAAGACAAGAGGCCCAAGUGGAAUUGAAGACAAGUCUUCACAAGGAGGCAAGAACUAAUAAGCAGAAACAGAGGGACCAUAAAGUCAAGAAAAUCCUUCAAAGCAUCCCAAGAAAUGAUGACGGUGACUUCCUAACCUUGCUGCCUGAUGAAACCUUGGACAGAAGUCCAGGUGAGAAAAUACACAGAAUGCAGAAUUUCUGGAACAACAAGCAAGUAAUGACUAUUGUCCCCAGAAAAUUGGCAAGUUGGAAACAUGGCUCCAUGAACAAGAGGCUCGUGGACAGCUUCUCUGGGACAGUUCCAGCUCUGACUCAGAUGAGUUGGAGAAAGACGAGAAGAAACCACGAGCACUGGUGAGGACCAGGACAGAGAGAAUUCCACUUUUUGACGAGUUUUUUGAUCGAGAAUAAUAAUGCUAUUCACUAACCUAGAUACUGAGUGCAUGGAAAGCUUACUUUCCUUUAAAAAUUCUCCAAGGUAGUAUAUGAAUUAUUUUGAGGACACCGAUUCACUUUCUUUUCAUUUUGAAAUCCUAAGAUUAAACAUGUGAGAUAUAUUGUUAAUUAUACUACAUAACUAACUGCCUCAAAACUUAGGGGCUUAAAUAACAGCCACUUAUUGUCCAACUUUUCUGUGGGUUGCUGGGCUCAGUUGGGUGGUUCUUCUGCUGGUCUCUUUUGAAGUUUUUCAUGCUGUUGAAGCCAGAUGGCAGCUAGGACUAGAGUCCUCUGGAGGCUCGACCAGGACACUGAGACAGCUGGACCUCGCCCCCUCUCUGUAUCAUCCCAGAGCCUCCUCAUGUGGAUUCCCCAAGUGCUCUCUCCUGCAGGGUAGUGAAUUUGCUUUUAUGUCAGCCCAGGGCUCCCCAAAGCAAAUGUUCCCAGAGGAGGAAAAGCUGCCCAUCCUCUUAAGUCUAAUUCAUGGAAUGGGCCCCAAAUCACUGCCCCACAACACACACUCGAUUGGUUACUACAAGUCAUAGGCCAGGUCACAGGCAGUGAAAAAGGGGCUACACAAGGCAUCAAUUCCAAAGUGUGGUCUACUGGGGUCCAUCUCUGAGACAUGGCACCCCACUGUUUUUAAAGCAAAUUAUUUCUUAUAAAACAAAUAGAUGAGAGUAAAUUUGAUAGAAAUAAAAAUGACUUUUUAAAGAAAGGUCACAGUGAUGCUACAGUAGACAGUAAGCUCACUUAAGUCACUUUCCUGUGAGUUAGAAACUUGUUAUCUCAUAACACAGAGGCUAUAGGAAAAAGGUAAAAUAAUGUCAAGUGUGGAAGGUCAUUGUGAGUUAAGGCAAAAUUAAAUGAAGAUCCCUUAGAUUAUGGUGUAGAUCUUACAACUCUUUAAAAGGAAACUUAGAAAUGUUCACUCCAAAAGUUAUUAUAUUUACAAAAUUUAGAUUUUUUUUUUACCCUUCAAGCAAUCUACUUUGUUCACAUUUUACCAGUUACACGUACUCGUUUGUGUGUGUAUUUAGUUCUGUGUAGUUUUAUCACGUGCGUAGAUUCAUGUGAGCAACCCCACAAUCAGAUACAGAGAAGUUCAAUCACAAGAAUCCCUUGUGCUAUCUAUAGGGGCCCCCAAAGUUGAUUUUUAGGCAAUUUUAAGAACUUCUUUUAUAUAAAAUUUGACUCCACUUUUAGCAUAACCUAAAAAUAUUUUUAAGCCAUCCAGAAGCUUCUAAGAAUUUAGUGAACUUUAAAACAAAGUAAAACAAAAAUACCUUUUUAAGCCUUCUCUAGGAAACUUCCAAAAAGAAAACAAUAGAAACACCCCCUGAAUUUGACAUUCAGUGCAUUCAGAUCAGUCACUAAGAAGAUAAAAAGACUGCUGUGUCAGGGGAUGAACAUUCAUGUUUCUUCCAAGGACAGAGACAAUUAAUUAGGUCAUCCCUGGGCAUUUUUACUCCCAGUUCUUUGCAAGCAGUAUUCUUACUUUUUCUUUGGUAGGUAAAAAGCAUAUUUCCUACAAAGGAAUGCAUAGAUUGUUUGACCAGUCAGCCUGUUUGGAAAAGUAAGAUCCUUUUUUUUUUUUUUAAUUGAAGUACAGUUGAUUUGCAAUGUUGUGUUAGUUUCAGGUGUACAGCACAGUGAUC